AUGGGUUUCCGCUUCGCCGACUCUGGUCGGGAAGAUGCCAAGCGAAUUGCACUGGGAAAUUGGGAGAGCAGCCUACAUAGAGAGGCCAAGCACAUGCUCAGCGCCGUGAUUGAGAGCCCUGGCAGUAUUCCUAGCGUACAGGCUCUGCUAAUUCUUGGCGACCUGGAAUGCGGUGUUGGCAGAGGUAACACUGGAUGGAUGUAUGCUGGAAUGGCCAACAGACUGGCUUUCGAUAUUGGACUUCACAUUGACGUUCGUAUUAGCGGAAUUAGCGAACAUGAGGCCCAGAUCCGCCACAUGGUGAUGAGGGCUUGCGGAAUAUACGACAAGUACUGGGUACUAUUUUUUGGUCGGCCACCUAGUAUCAAGAAUCAGGACAUCAGCAUGGACCUGCUCUCUAGAGGGUGCUCGCAGCUGACAUCACUUAUGGGACGACCCGGACAUGCUGAUCAAGCGAACACUACUGCAGAGAUAUACGACCAUCUCGUCGAGUUGAUGGUGCUCGGCGGUCGCAUCGUUGAAAGGGGAGACAAAGUUCAGAACCGGGAUACACACAAUGUAAGAGGUGGAGACAAGCACGAUGGAAAUGAAGAGAGAGAAGACACCGCGUACCUCCACGCCAUCGCCCUUGAUCGUCAGCUCCAAAACUGGUACAAGCGAUUACCGGAACGUCUGCAAUGGAAACCUGCCAACAUCAAGCAUGCUCCUUCCAGCUACUUCCUUCUACACCAACAGUACCAUGUUUCUAUGAUAUUGCUUCAUCGUCCAUGGGCGAAGUACGAGGAGAUCGAGCGCGACGACAAAAAUGACGUCUCCAGAAACUAG